AUGGGGAACAAAAGUAGAUUAUCAAAACCAUCUAUCAGAACAGUAAAUACUACGAUGGGGAAUAAAGAUACUACAUUAAGUACAAUCACUACAUCAACAUCAACUGUUACAGUUUCUUCAAAUAGGAUGAAUUCAUCUAUAAAAAAGAACAGUGGAAAUAACGAGAAUUUAAAAUCUAAUGAACAAUUAACAAAGAAUACGUCACUUGUAACCACAAAUCAAUCUAAUUCUACUUUCAAUACUGUAAGAGGUGUUAAUACAACUUGUGUUGGUAGUAAUGUUUCUCACGAGAGUACAUCUAAAUCAAAAGAUUAUUCUACAAAAAAAUUUUCCAAUGAAAUUGAUUCAAAAAUGAAAAAUUAUCAAAUACAAUCAGAAUACAAAGAAUCACCUGUAAGCAAUCAAGAUUACAAGGCAAGAAAUAGUGCGAAUAUAAACAACUUAUCAUCGAGAUUCGUAAAUCAAUCUGUUCAAGCAUUACAUAGAGAUAACCAUAGAACUUCUUCCAAUACACAUCAAUCUCGACCAGCAUCACGGAAUGAUAACACUGCGUUUGCCAUAGCUAGAAAAGCAUUGGAGCAACAAAAUUCGACAUCGAAGACGACACCGAUUAAUUUUCCACCUUUACGUGCUCCACAGAGUAUCGUCAAUGUUCGUCAUCCUUUUGUCACAGAAGCAAGAACUAAACAUAAUGAUAUCGAUGGUCCAAACUCUAAAUCGAAAUUGAAUAUGGUGAGUUCUUUGCAAAGUGGUGUGAAAGAUCUUGAUCACAGUAGGCAAACCUUUCAUAGCUAUGGCACGUCACAGAUCGCUGGUAUUCCCAAUGUUCAAAAUUUAAGUAAUGUUACGGCGAAUAUAUCACCUUAUCCUAGACCGGAAAGUUUUCCCCAACCAACUGUUACAAGUAUGCUAUUUCCUGAUACUUCUCAGUUUCCUCAAUCACCUCCAUUUAAUACAACACAAAUUGGACAGCUAAAUCAGUAUCAGACAUAUGAUCCUGGUAGUUUUGCAACUACACCAGUGAAUGUGAACCCUGUAAUUCCUCAAUUUUCCGCAGAAAGUUCCAUUCCAUAUCCACAAUACGAUAAUCCUCCUCAAUUCGUGCAACCGAAUCAUUAUCCAACGGCGGAUAUAGCCAAUAGUCAAUAUCAAUACCAAGCAGCAAGUGUAGGACAACUACAGGACUCGAUGUUUAUACAAAGUUUACAGAGUCCUAUUGCUGUAACAGAUCAAUAUGCUGCUCCAAAUUACGCUAGAACAGUCAGAGCAGAAUUAAUACCACGAUUGAGGAGGCCACCAAGAUUCAACAAGUAAAAAUGAUUUUUUUAUAUAUACAUAUAUAUAUUUUCGAAUGAAAAUUUGUCAUAAAUAUAAGAAGAAUAAAAUGAAAAAUAAAUUUAAAUCAAAUGAUAAAGACAUAAAGUCAUGGAAUAUAAUAAUUUUUCAAUAAAAAUAAAAUAUUCACGUGUAUCUUAUGUAUUGUUGCGAAAAUUAGGAACUAAUUUGCCAAUCUACUUAGUCGAUAUGUUACAUGGAGGAGAUUUGGUAAAAAUUAUUUCAAUUUUUGAUCCAUUUUGAAAUAAAUUUUAACCAGUCUAUACGAAUUGAUGUGUGUAUGUAAAUGAUAACUGGUAUUUUGGCAAAAAUAUAUAUAUAUAGAUACACGGUUAAUGAUCGUCAUUAAUAAUCAUUCGAAAAAAUUCUGCCUGAAAUGAUUUUACACACGCAUAUAUAUAUAUAUAUAUAUAUACAUACAAAAAAAAAAACAUUACGAAGUGAUAAGAGAAAAAAAUCAUUUUGACUUGUUUCUAUCAUUCAAUGUGACACGGCAGGGCAUAGUGAGUUGAGCUCGAUUAUAAUUUUAUGACGUAAUUUAUCUAAUAUCAUUGAAUUUGAGAGAACGAAUGAACGAGUGAGCGAACGAGCGAACGAGCAAGCGAGCGAGCGAGCGAGCGAGAGAGAGAGAGAGAGAGAGAGAAGAAAGAAGAAAAAAGAGGCAAUUGCAACCAGUUUGUUAAAUUGUACAUAAAUUAUGACUAUCGAUAAGAAUAGUUUCAUUUCUAUAAAUAUAGUAUUUGCGAAAAUGAUUCUGGACAAAUUUGUUUUCGUCGAGAUUGAUUAGUGAAAGCAAAUUUGCUAGUUAGUGGAGCAGAAUUCAUAAUCAUGUUCCACGUAAAAAUCCAUAUGAAAAAAGAAAUUUAUGAAAUAGAAGGAAGAGAAAAAGAAAAAAAGCAAAAUUAUGAUUAUAAUAAUGAUAAGUCUUAGUUUUUAAUGAAUGGUAUCCUACAAGCUAUACUUUGCAUAGAAUUAGUGGAGGUUUUCCAAUAUUUGCAUAUUACUUAGCUUAUUGCUAUGUUUUUAAUGUGCUUCACUAUUUAUAUAUGAGAUGACGGUGUAACGAUGUUCAUUGCAAUGCGAUUAUAUAUAAAAACAAUUCCUUUGUAGAAGAAAACAAAAAAAUGUGAGAUGUUUGAAAAUUAAAUAGUAAAGUAAACAAAAUUUUUAGUCUUUCGAAUAAUUCGCUUAAUUUGAACAUCGUAUCUCUAUCAAACGUAUGCACAGUGCAAACGUAGCUUUCGGCGAUCCGAAUAUAUCCGAGGAUGAUCGCGAUAAAGUAACGAUAUAAUCUUUCAGUGGUGUAUGUUUUUUCUUUAGUAUGGUAGCUCAUAAACUCAUAAGCAUCAUAUUAAUACGCGUAAGGUUAAUCGUUAAGAGAAAUCCUCAUUAAGUACGCAUCUCGUAUUAAACAAAACUAUAUAUAUACUCGUGUGUAUUAAAUUUUUGAAUUGCUAAUGUGCGUUAACGUCACCGAAUAAGACAUUUAUACUAAAUGAAGAGAAGAAUAAUAUUGCGUAUGGACGUAUAUAGCGUCAAGAGGAUCAUGAAUUGAAAAAAAAAAAAAAAUGGAAAAGAAAAAAAGUUAAGGUAAGAUGGAAAAAAAAAAGUGAAAUGAAGUAUAGAAAGAAAAGAUACAUUGCAUAAUAAUGCAAUUUUUAAUCAUGGAUCAUCAUCCUGUUUAUGAAUGACAUAAUUACGAAAAAAAUGUAAUUUUUCCGUGACGAUCGAGAAAAUAAGUACGAGAAAAUAUUCGUUGUAAAGUCAAUCGACGAACACUACGAAUUUUUCGUCGAAUCUUGCGUUUAAUUAAUAUUUCCGCCUAAGAGAAAUCUGUGUGUGCAUACGCAAUUUCGUCCAGCGAUGAUUUUUUUAUUCUCGCUCCCUUCAUAAAUCAUUAAUAGUCUAAUAGUAUUACAUAGAUAUGUAUUUUAUCUAUUUUUAUUAUUUGAAAAUCUAGAAAACGAACUUAUUCAUAUUGUUUUCUUUUUCGCAUUGAAAAACAACUUGUUUGGACUUCUGGGCGUUGUUUACAGAUAUAUAUUCUUAUAUGAGAAUAUCUCUUCAGUAGUUUGUAUAAAAUAUACAUUGUAAUUUGUAUACAUAGUAACAUAAUAUCUGCAUAUAUUGCAAUCAUUAUUAACGAAUUGUUAUAUCAUCUUUAUUAUCUAUGAAUAUAUAUCUGGAAAUUUGUCUAUAAGCUUGAAUAAGUCUGAAAGUUAAAAUGUUCAUUUAACUUGUACUGAUAUUAUUAUUGUUACUUUUCGAACAAUCGAGUAUUCUAAUAGGAUCGAAAGCGAACGUAACAUGCAAAUAAAAUGUGAAAUUUUACGUGUAAAAAUUUCACGUAUGAAAUGGUGUAUGCAUACUAUAUUAAAUCAUCGACUCGAUAUAGUGGUGCAAUAACAAGCUGAUGGAUAAUCGCGCAUAACUACGAUAUCUUGCCCCGCAUCUGACAUACAUAUAUCGAUAGUACAAAAAAGAGUUCAUUUUCUGUAAGUAUAAUUCGUGGGCCAGGGUAACAUGGAAAUGCGUGAUGCUGAAUGGGAGAGAGAGAGCGAAAGAGAAACUAGAGAAAGCGAGUGAAUGAGCAAAACGAUAAAUGUGCCUCAACACGAGUAUUAGGAGGAGAUAAAGGAAAUUAAUGAAACUACCCUAAGGUGUGAUGUUUCAAAAAAUCGCGACAUGAUUUCUUGGUUGGAGCAUAUUUCAUACAUUUGGAAAAUAGGCAUUACUUACAUGCAAAGUAUAGAAUGUGUAUGCGUAUAAACGGAAGUACAUUGCUAGGUUGAUAUUGCAAUCAAUUAUUUCUUUAAUGAUACAAAAAUACGAUAAAAAGAGAGAAAAACGAGGAAAGCGUUGUAGAAAGAAUAGAACAGAGCGAUUUGAUUUGUGGAUCAUGAUCAUUGAAUUUAACUAAAUUCUUUUCGAGCAAUUAUAACAAUUGUGUUCGAUCAUGAUACAAAACGCUUAAUUGCUAUUACGGGUGAUGCUAAUUGUUUUCUGUAAUUAUAUUUAUUUUUUUAGAUUUUAUGGAAUUAGAAAAUUCAUCGUAUAUUUUGUUUCGACGAUCGAUUCCGUUUUGCAUAGAAUAUUUUCGAAUUUUUUUUUUUUUUUUUAAUAAUUAUAGAAUGCUAUUUUGCAUGUUGAGAGUUCGACUAGUUUCACGUUUAUCUUCUACGUGUAAGUAGUUUUUUGUGCCAAUCAAAAUGAAUUCGUUGCGAAUGGCAAAACGGAUACGAUACCAAACGGCGUUUUAUCGCUGAAAGGCGUCGACAAAAAGUUGUUGAAACUCGCCAAUUGUAAGGGAACAUAUCAACGCAUGUGUAAAAUUAGAAGAAAAUAAUCUGUUGAACAUUUAUUGGAAAAAUAAUCUUCUCUUUUAACGAGAAAUUUUAUAUAAUUUUUUUUUUAUUAGAAAUGAUUCAAAUUGACAAUGAUACGAUCUUUUGGUUCAUCCUGUUUCAGAAGAAACUUAAUUUUUUUAUAUUUUUCUUUUCUUUUUUUUUUUAUUUUUUUUAUUUUUUUUUUAUUUUUAUUGUGAUUUGCUGUUUACUUUUGCUUUAUUGAAAAAUAUAUAUAAUAUUAUAUAAUAUUUUGAUCAAAAAAAGUAACACAGUAAGAUUCUUCAAAUUUUACAAUGGUAUAUGUACCCUUAAAAUAAGAUGAACAGUGUUUCUGAACCGUUGAUCAUAAUCGAAACGCCUCGUUGAUUAUUCUCAAUUUUGCUUUAAGUUUUCGUAUUGCGAAUACCAAGAAAAUCCUCGAGAGCGUUGAGAUUAAAUCGAUUCAUCGAUUGAAAUCGUUAAUCGACGCGAUUAGUUUGCUUUAAAAAAAUUAAUCGACUUGAUUAACUGCUUCAAAAAAUAAAAGAUAAAAAAAAAAAAAUAAAAACGCGUCGAUUUAUCGUACCUUUACUACUACUGAUAUUCUCUUAUUUAAGGGGAGGGGACGAUAAUAUCGAGCAAAAAAAAAAAAAAAAAAUUAGUCAGCGAUCCGGUUAUCAAACAGCGAGGCGAAAGCAUAAUGAAAGAAAUAUUGUGAUGCAUAAUGAGACAAAAUAUAAUAGAGAGAGAAAAA